AAAAAUAUAGAAGGAAAGGGAAACUGACAGGAAGCACCGAAGAGUCGAAACACAAAAAGUAUAUAAAAACCAUCAAAGACCAUAAACCUGGCCGGCAAAUGAAGGGUAUAUUCUAACUUUAUUAGUUUCUCUACCUCUCAAGUUGGAAAAGAAUCCAGGGAAUCAGAGCUUUCUCUCUCUUAUAUCUUCGAUUGCAAAAUCUCUAUAUAUAGAUAUAUGUCCUCUUAAGUAGAAAGAGAACAUAUUGCAAACCACAAACCAAACAAAUAAAGACAAGAAAUAGAAGAAAGACCAGGAAGUAAGAGCGAUGUUAGAAAACACAGCAAGUUCAGAUACUAAUGCUGCAGUGCCCUUAUUGGAGUCAGGAGUUCAUGGAGCUGAAGGAGUCAGGUGGUGGAGCAAAGUUUUGGAUGUGGAGGAGGCGAAGGACCAGGUCUUGUUUUCGUUGCCGAUGAUUCUGACCAAUGUUUUCUAUUACUUGAUCACUUUGAUUUCAGUUAUGUUUGCUGGUCACCUUGGUGAGCUUGAGCUUGCUGGGGCAACACUGGCCAAUUCCUGGGCCGUUGUCACUGGCUUCGCUUUCAUGGUUGGGUUGAGCGGAGCACUUGAGACCCUGUGUGGGCAAGGAUUUGGUGCAAAGUCAUACAGAAUGUUGGGAAUUUAUCUGCAAGCCUCUUCCGUCAUAUCUUUCCUCUUCUCUAUCAUCAUAUCUGUAAUCUGGUUCUACACCGAGCCCAUACUUAUCUUACUCCAGCAAGAUCCUCAAAUUUCGAAAUCUGCUGCGAUUUAUAUUAAGUAUCUGAUUCCGGGAUUAUUUGCAUAUGGAUUCUUGAAUAACAUAUUGAGAUUUCUUCAGACACAAUCUGUUGUCAUGCCAUUGGUUUUUCUCUCAGUGAUCCCAGUGGUUCUUCAUAUUGGUAUUGCAUACGGUUUGGUACAUUGGACACCUCUUGGGUUCAAGGGAGCUCCACUAGCAGCUUCGAUUUCGUUAUGGAUAUCGGUCCUCAUGCUGACCACGUAUGUUGUUCGUGCUAAGAAGUUUGAGCACACAUGGGAAGGAUUUUCAUUAGAAUCAUUCCAUUAUGUCCCAACUGACUUGAAACUUGCCCUCCCCUCUGCAGCAAUGGUUUGCUUGGAAUACUGGGCUUUUGAGAUUCUGGUGCUCUUGGCAGGAUUAAUGCCAAACUCGGAACAAACCACUUCACUAAUUGCAAUGUGUGUGAAUACAGAAACAAUUGCUUACAUGCUUACAUAUGGCCUCAGUGCUGCAGCAAGCACAAGGGUGUCAAAUGAAUUGGGAGCAGGCAAACCGGACCGAGCUAAGAAUGCAAUGGCUAUGACUCUGAAGCUCUCUGUGCUUCUUGGUUUCUUAGUUGUUCUGGCGCUAGCAAUUGGUCACAAUAUCUGGGCUGGCUUCUUCAGUGACAGCACCGCAAUAAUAAAGGAAUUUGCUUCCAUGACACCAUUUCUUGCAAUUUCAAUAAUGCUUGAUUCAGUGCAAGGUGUCUUAUCAGGUGUGGCUAGAGGAUGUGGGUGGCAGCAUUUGGCAGUGUAUGUGAACUUGGGUACAUUCUAUUUGAUUGGUGUGACGAUUGCAUGUCUUCUUGGAUUUAAGUUGACACUAUAUGCCAAGGGUCUAUGGAUUGGUUUAAUCUGUGGUCUUUCCUGUCAAGCUGGGGCACUUAUGUUGAUUACAUUGCGCACAAAAUGGACUCAAUUAGAUUUAACUCAUAAUGCAGCAUCUGUUUAAGUGAAGAGCAGGCAAAAAUAAUAAACAAAGCUAAGCCUUUGGCUGGAUGUUGGAGGUCUCUAAACAUUAAGAAUCUAAAUGCAUCUCUUGAAGGGAAUUUGUAAGUCUCGAUGAGAACUUCUACAAAUAAAUCAGCUAGCUGAAAGAAGGUUAUAUAUGUUCCUUGGGGCUAUUUACAUUUUGCUCCUCUUAAGUUAAGGGGCUCUUAACAAGUGAACUAUGCACUGUCCUAACUUGAUCUUUGCAAGCUAUAAUGCUAUAUACAUGCGUAGGGUUUAAAUUUCAUUUGCGAGCUAUGUACAUGUAUACUGGACUUGAUUUUGCAGCU